GUCCUACAAUGAUUAUUAAAUUAAAAUCUUUUGCAGACAUAUUGAUCUUCUUUAUUUGGCGACGACUUUGACACGUUGUUUCGGUUUUGCUCUAUUGAGUCUUCUCUUCUAUCUCUCUCUCUCUAUCUCUGGGUAACAAAGAAAUCAUCACCUUCUCUUUACAGUCGCCGACAUGGGGAUGAGCAUCGAAGACUUUCUGUACUUGCCUACACUUUCACAGCUUUUGUCCUCCUACAGAUCCUGGCGUUCGGGUUAUAUGGUAACUGGUGGCUAAUGCUAUCAACACUCGUGUAUGUGGUUGGGCCUAUGCCUCUUUUGCUCUGUGGAGGAGACUUAAACCAAUCCUUAAUUGGUCCAGACGGUAUAGGGUGGAGGGAAAGAGCUGAACAGUUGCGUAUAAAAAGGAAAAGAAAAGAUCCGGUUAGGUUCUUGGCCGGAGUAUUGACCUUGGGAAGCCUCGCCACGCCAAUCAUAUUAAGGCACGCACAGAUGAUCGAGACCGGUGCAAUGUUCAUCUGUGUCACAUCCUUCUUCAUUCACAUUUGCACUAUCGUGUGUUCUUAUGGGGUUAGCAUCGAUGAUGAUUGGUAACAACAAUACAUAGAGCGUUUGAUUAUAUUCGUUACGUUACAAUUUUUGGCAUUGAGAAAG